AUGUCUCUUACUCUCUCCGAAUUUCUCAAUUCGUAUCUCCUCCUCCUCCUCCCCCCCCCAAUCGCAAUCGGUUCUGCUCCUGAUCAACUGGUACACCAACAGGUCCUCGUAGCUGCCAAUUACUCCGGCUCUACUCUGCUCAAAGCUGCCACAUGCAACGUCCUCCAAUUCACAAAAGGAUCCGUAUGGGCCGACGCACAGCUCACGACACAAACACCGGCAUCAGAGGUACCAACCGGUGAUCAGAUUGCCCAGUUACUCUUAUCCGGAUCUCAGAACUAUCAAGACUCAUUCGGUUCAUAUACUGGAUAUGCGUUUGAAGAUGCCAGUCUCCAAGUACAAUCGCAAUCCGUAAGCGGAUCGACCACAACACUGGGAACCGGCAGCCAAAUUCAAACUACUAUUACAACCGAACAACCGCACACAACAUCUACACAAACAAAUGCUUCGCCACCAACAUCAAUACAAACAACCGAAAAUACUCAAACCACAACCACACACAUAGACACGACAAACACGAACGCGAACACACCCGAACACACCAUCGCGUCCACAUACUCAACACCGGCCAUCUCAUCCACACAACAAUCAGCAGCAUCAGCAUACACAACAGCACGAACAUCGACAGCGGCAUUCAGCGUGCAAUCUACUCACACAUCUUCCCAAGCACAAACAAAUACUGGCACCAAUAUCCCAUCCACAACAACUCCGAUCACAUCCAAUUGGGCUUCAACUAUCACUUCCUCACCCACCAUCUCCACACUGGAACCCAGAUCAACCAUAACACCGAGCUAUGCCAGUCCCACUUCAUCCGAAUAUCAAUCCGAGACAUCGUGGACCAAUGCUGUGCAAACCGAGAUCACUACCAACACUGGCACUAUCGCAUCCGGUAGGUCCAACUCCAAUCGCGCCAUCUGCGUUCUUGGUACUUUUCGUUUUCUUUUCAAUCCUGGUUCUCUUCUUUUUGGGUCAUUCUGUCAUGUUUUCUAUGCUUUAGUUUAUGGUUUUCCUUUUUGGCCUCUUUGA